AUGUCUGACGACGAAAGGCCUCACCUAGUUGGUGGUAGGCGCUUCAGCAUCAUACUGGAUGAGACAUCCGAAGUGGAUACACGAUGCAGCGCCGCCCCAAUCUCCCCGCUCCGCCGCCGCCGCCCCCCGCCUCCACUAUCACCCGCUCAGCCACCUCCACCCUCCUCUACAUCGCCGGAGGAACGGGCACACCUGGCGCGCCGCCUCGAGGCCGCGCUCGAGCAGGUGAGGAGGGAGUCGGUGCGGCAGGGCGCGGCGCUGGACGAGCUGAGGCGGCGGCUCGAGCGGCGGCGGGCGCGCGCGGAAGAGCUCCUCGUCGCCAGGCGGAGGGCCGCCGAGGGCGUCGAGCGCCGCAAGGAGCAGAUGCAGGCGCAGAUCGAGCGGGUGCUGCCGCUCUCCAGGGCCCUCGCCGCCGCGCACCGGCAAGUGCAGGAUGCCAAGGAGGGAUUAUCCGUGGAGAGGGCGCGGCUUGGGGAUCUGCAGAGGCUGCUCACGACGAGGCAGCAGUCCAUGGUAGCCCAGGUCGCCGCCCUGUACCCUGUCAGGGUCUUCCGUGACCUGCCGGUUGCACAAAACCACCAUUCCCGUACCAAUGGAGAGUGUCGAAUACCUUCGGAAGAGAAUGGGGCACUUACGCAAGAGAAUGGAAAUGGAACACAUUUGCUCAGCGUUAUCAAGGACAAAGCACAUGUAAGCAGCGUUGGACCCUUGACAUUUUUUGGUUGGCAAAUUGGAAAGCCCAGGACAAAGCAGCGGACUUACAGCCACAAGGAGCUUCAGUGGUCAGCAGUUGUGCUUGGAUAUGCAGCACAUAUCGGUCGACAUGGGCGGGGCUGGUGGCGAUCCCCAGUCGGGCUACAUAGGGCCGACGACGAUCUGGACAGGGGCGGUUUGAGGCGCUCGCGCACAUCGGAGGUACAGUGGCGGCCGCGUCCUGCAUCAAAGGUGCGGCUAGGAAUCAGAGGAGGAUAUGGGAGGGCAAGAGGAAGGGACCGGGGAGGGGCUCACUGACGCGGCGAUGCUUGCCGGAGGCUGGCUGGCGGCUGGGUCACACGGUGACGGCGGCGCGCAUGUGGCGUCCUCCCUGGUGGGGCGAGCAAGAAGGAGGAGGUGCACGGGAGGCGUAGGCGCUGUGGCGAGAUGCGCUUCGGAUGCCCGAGAUCGGGCUGCAGCGGGCCCUGGCGCUGCUGGUGGCUUGGGGGGAGCUGACUUCGACGUCAACUUCUACAUCACACAACGUUCUGUAUCAGAGAAGUUGGGGACGACCGUGAGCCCGUGACAGUGAGACAGACACGACCUUGACUUGGCCAUGUCCGCCUCUCUGGACUGAUGAUAAUGCUUCACUACUGAGUUAUGUAAGAAACGGAAUUUCGUUGUGAAGCUAAAGCGGGUGUUAAGACAAAGUCCACUCUGUCUAGAUUGAAAACGAUUGGAGACAUGAUUCACCUGAUAUUCAGGGGUAGUCAAAACCAUGGUGAAGUAUUACUGUGCAAGUUUCACUGUCUUGUGUUACUUCUCUCAUCUUCACUAUUUGGCAAAGAGUCAUUCUUUCGUACAUUCAUAAUCACUACCAAGUUUUAUGUUUAUUGAGUAGUGUUAAACUGUUAAUUAUCGUGUACCAUAGAGCGCAGCUAUUCUAGAUUGUUAGAGACUAGAAUUUAUCGAUGUAUGUGAUGGAGAGACCAGUAGUGUUGUUCAUCUUCCGGUGUUCGUAUAAUUGUUAACAUUUAUUCAUUUCAAAGAUUGGUGCAGGAUAACAAACCUCAUGUUGUCAAAGCUUUGUUCCAAUAUCUAUUAACAUAUUUCUUUUCAAAGAGGAUCGUUGUUAGAAGUCUGAUGGGAUUCCGAUCCCCUAAAAGCAUGGCGAAGACAAGAUCAAGUUCCAUCACUUUGCAUCGAAGGGACUGCCACCUGCCUCAAGAACAAGGAAGGAGAGGACGGUGGGCCUCAUGCCUGAAAUGAUGAGAUAGGGAGAUGAAGGCGGGCCUCAUGCCUGAGACGACGAGGAGCAGGGAGAGGAAGGCGGGCAUCAUGCUUUUCACAUCCUACAUGGGAACACGAACAUGAGGAAAGAAAUCAGGUUGGUGAUGGGGCGUGUGCGUGCGGCACUGGGUGUAGAACAAUUCAACGGCCACCACCAUGUGAGGUGCAAGGAUUCAGAACAGGAGUGGGAGGGUGAGUAGUGAUGGAAGAAGUAAGGAAAUUGAAAGGAACAACUUCUUGUUGCUGUUGACGCUACUGAUUCAACCCAAUACAUUUUGCAUUUCAGCGUGUGUACAACAUGGGAACAUAUAUGUUAUCUCUAGGGGGCAAAGCAUUGUGGAUUUAUCAUCAUUGUGGUAUUUUGGAGGCUAGCUGGCUGUGAUGUCCAGACAGGUAAUUUUGAGCCAAAAUCAGCCUUAAAGGUAGGUCUCAGAUUUUACUCAUGCUUCAACUAUUUUGAGUAUAGCGUUUGCAUUAUUUCUAAGAAGUUUUGUGCCUCAUAGCUUGUGUAUAUAAGCAUAUAUGUACUGUCAGAUAUAUUGUCAGAUUGUAAUGUUGAUAAAAUGAGAGGAAGUUACAAAACUUAGCAUAACAUCUAUUUACUACACAAUGUGCAAGUUUAACAGUUAUUAAUUGUGUGUCUACAACUGUUCUGUUUUUUCACUAUUGUUGGUUGAAAUCUGCUUCAACAAUGCGAGUUCUUUAUUCUCAAGACGUUCUUUUGUUCCCUCGUGUGAAUGCGUCUUCCUAAGCAGGUCUGCAUGUUGGUAUUACUUUGUUUGUUGACAUCUUCUUCUCUGUCUACAGACCAUGCUCACUAUUAAAGGGGAGCAACCUGGCCUGUUGCAACUCAUGUGAAUUCAUGUGGAUGAUAUGGUAUCUUACAUUUUUCACUAAUCAAAAGUUCACACACGUAGUAACCAUCUAUGUGUUUGGCAGUUGUAAUGUCUGUUAGUAGUUUUUUUGUGAAUUUAUUUAUUAUAAUUAGGAAGUAAUAAUAGCUUAUUGCUUGUACAUUUGCCUCUCUUUUUUUGUAGAAGGUGCCUUUGCCUUUUUGAGCUAUAUAGUAAUUGGCUAUUUUUAUGAACUCCAUAAAGCUGCAAAAAAGAUUUUGCAUCAACUAAUUUACUGAAACAUAGGCGGAUUAAAUAUGUGGUCUCUCAUUUAAAUAUCAAAAUCAGAAUUAGCACAAAAUAGUGUAUCCAUGUUCUAAGAUUAGCACAAUCUGAUAACCCUCCUAAAUUUCAGCAUUAUGUGCUAAUGGAAAAUUUGAAGUUGUCCAUCACUAUGGUUCUUGCAUGGAACAAUUGUGCAUAGAUUGUUGAUAUUUGCAUUAUGUCAUUAAAUGUCACUGCUAAUCAGUUUCUUACAAUUGAGUAAAAAACCCUGUCCAACAUGUGAAGGUUCCAACUGAAAAAAGAUGUCCAGUCGUUGCCCAAUAGGCUCUUAUUUUCCACUUUGUCUUCUGAUGCAAAGUUAAUUAGCCUUAUGAUUCAUACAGUUUGUGGAAUAAUCAAAGUGACGUUGUGCUUUAUGGUAUAGCCGUAUAGUAAUAACUACUACUCUAAGAUGUCAAAAGAACUUUCAAAACAUCUAACUAUGCUUGCAAAACACCAUAUCAAAAUGCAUUUGAGUAAAUUACCAUUUCAGUAAAUGAUGAAACACUCUUUUUUUGGUCGAUUAUUUGUUUGCCUACAGUAAUAGAUUAUCAAAGUAGCACCGCAUAUUUAUUGAUUCAUUGGUUAUUCGCCGAAUCAUUCUUCAAGGGAAUCCAUACCAGUGUGCUUAACCUUAGCUCACGUCACUUUCCACUGAGGGUGCAAUCAUUGCCAUGUCCCCAUCGCUGCCGCCAUGCAGGAGAACCUCUCAUUGCUGGAUGUAGCGGCGAUGAUGUUCCUGGAGAGAUGUGAAGCGGCAGGGAGGCGCAACUAGGUACAGGGCGCUACAAUAGUGACUCAUUGCCGUCGAACGACCCUCCCGCUUAGGCGAUGCUCCUGGCCUUGCAUGGUAGACAACAUAUAUACCUCCAACGAAACAUCAUGUGUAGUAGAUGGCGCUGCACCUCACUUGCAGUGAGUGGUGAAGCAUGGUGCCACGAGUGUGGCUGAUGUGCUGCUGGAGAAGGACACGAUCUUGAAGUAGUCGGCAUGAACGGCCACCGGAUUUUUUUAUGACGAUGCAAGUGGUCUGAAGAUGUCUUCGUGACCAAAUAUUUGCAAAGUGAUCAGGGAGAUAUCUGAUGGAACAUGCCGAAACGAUUUUGGGCCUACAAUAUAAAAACAAUGAAAUUGCAAACUUUCUUAGGGAGAUAUGUGAUGGGAUGUGAAAAGCUCCCCCCCACCCAACCAACCCCGUUACGACGCUCUAUGAGUGCUUCCUGUAAGAAGAGGAGACACUUGUGCAUGCUGCUCAAGGUGAUACACAAGAUUGAGUGAUGGUCUUGCAAGCUCAGGGCGAUCAUGGAAGUAGUGUAGUUCCUUUGUGUGUGAGAGACCCACAAAGGAUUUCUUAAUGAGCUUGAGUCUACGUAGGUUGAACACCAAAGAGUGAUUGUGGUGCUCUAUGAAAUACUAAAAUGCAGGUGCUGCAGCGGUUGUUCAUUGAUAUUAUGUAGCUUUCCUUUGCAUACGCUUGCAACUACAUAUACAUGUGGCCACAUAUGAUAAGUUGGCAGUGAACUUUCAAAUACAGGCGACAAAUUCUUGACA